AUGUCAUCAUCUUCCAUGUUUGAUUCUGAUGAGAACAAUGAAACCAAUAACUUACCAGAUAGCCUUUCUGAAUCAGAUGAAAACAUUGAAGACAACAACGCAGUAGCCAAUAUUUUUGAUUCGGAUGAAAACAACGAGAAUAAUGUAAGCAACAACACUGUAGCUAAUAUUUUUGAUUCGGAUGAAAACGAUGAAAACAACGAAUACAACGAAUACAACGAAAAGAGCAAAGAUAAUGAAAAUAACAACACGGAAACCAAUACUUUUGACUCAGAUGAAAAUAAUGAAUACAACGAAAAGAGCGAUGUUAAUGUAAACAACAACGCGGCAGCAAAUAUUUUUGAUUCAGAUGAAAACAAUGAAAAUAUUGAUGUACCAGACGAUAAACAUGACCUUGAGAUAGAAGAUUUAUUUGGAGCAGGUGGAAGUGGUGAAGAUGACGAUGACUUACAAUUUGAAGAAAAAGAGACCGAGAAACCCCAUUCUAAAGAAGCAGAUAUACAAAUAUUCGGUGCACUGCCCCAUACUAGAACUAACAAACUUGAUUUAAUAAGAAUGCCAAGAUUUUUUACUCAAUCAUAUACAGACUUUGAUCCCAAGACAUAUAAUGGAGAAAAUGAGUCAAAUUAUUACAAAGGUGUCAAAUUGGCAGCAGAAAGUUCAAUUAGAUGGCGUUAUAAUAAGAGAAAAAAAGAAGAUGAUGAAGAUGAGAUCAUUGAAAAAGAAACAAAUACAAAAUUGGUUAAAUGGUCUGACGGUUCAAAAACACUUCAUAUUGGAAAAGAAGCAUAUUUAUUAAAUUCUUAUGAAUUUGCAAGACCAAGAUAUAUAGCAAUUGCACAUAAGCAAACAAAUGUUCUCGAGUUUCAAUCAAGGGUUCCAGGUUAUUCUUCUUUUACACCUAAUAAUUUGCACAGUUUAACACAUAAAAGAUUGACGGCUGCUAUUCAAGCAGAACAUAAAAAACAAAUGAAAACCAAAUAUAUUGACUUUUCAACGAAUGAAAAACUGAUGAAAGAGCAUCAAGAACAACAAAGAAAAGGUCAAAAGGCUCAAAAAUCAUCUAAUGCGCCUAAAACCAGUAAACCACGUAAAAGAGAUUAUCGUUCAUCUGACGAGGAUGCAGAUAUAAUAUCAGCAAGAAAGUCAUUAUCACACAAUGAUACUUAUGUUGACGAUUCUGGAUUUGUGACCGAGAAACCCCAUUCUAAAGAAGCAGAUAUACAAAUAUUCGGUGCACUGCCCCAUACUAGAACUAACAAACUUGAUUUAAUAAGAAUGCCAAGAUUUUUUACUCAAUCAUAUACAGACUUUGAUCCCAAGACAUAUAAUGGAGAAAAUGAGUCAAAUUAUUACAAAGGUGUCAAAUUGGCAGCAGAAAGUUCAAUUAGAUGGCGUUAUAAUAAGAGAAAAAAAGAAGAUGAUGAAGAUGAGAUCAUUGAAAAAGAAACAAAUACAAAAUUGGUUAAAUGGUCUGACGGUUCAAAAACACUUCAUAUUGGAAAAGAAGCAUAUUUAUUAAAUUCUUAUGAAUUUGCAAGACCAAGAUAUAUAGCAAUUGCACAUAAGCAAACAAAUGUUCUCGAGUUUCAAUCAAGGGUUCCAGGUUAUUCUUCUUUUACACCUAAUAAUUUGCACAGUUUAACACAUAAAAGAUUGACGGCUGCUAUUCAAGCAGAACAUAAAAAACAAAUGAAAACCAAAUAUAUUGACUUUUCAACGAAUGAAAAACUGAUGAAAGAGCAUCAAGAACAACAAAGAAAAGGUCAAAAGGCUCAAAAAUCAUCUAAUGCGCCUAAAACCAGUAAACCACGUAAAAGAGAUUAUCGUUCAUCUGACGAGGAUGCAGAUAUAAUAUCAGCAAGAAAGUCAUUAUCACACAAUGAUACUUAUGUUGACGAUUCUGGAUUUGUGAGUAUGUUACCAGUAGAAUUUAAAGAUGUUCGUCUUAAUCUUAACGUGUAUUAUAUUGGAAAUGUAGAAUAUAGAAAAUUGCAACUAGAUGGAAUAAUUCUUGAAUAUCUAAGUAAUGAAUCUAUUUCACAUGUUAUUCACAUUAUCGUAGAAUCUACACCAGCACUAGAGAGUCAUAGAUAA